AUGCCCGUACAUGUGACUUCCCUCCCUCCUUCUCCUCCUGAAAUAAAUCCGGCCCCAACCUUGAAUGAAGAACAGAGCAAUGUAUACGGAAUUGUCCUGAAGCACUAUAGCAGCCCUGCUUAUGUGAUUCCUGGUGUCGAUGCGCAAAAGGCAACUUUGACGGAGGAGGAGAAACAAUGGCUGACUCGAGAAUGUUUGUUGCGAUAUCUCCGUGCGUCAAAAUGGGUGCUGGCAACGACAAUCACGCGACUGGACGACACGCUCAAAUGGAGGCGAGAAUACGGACUCUACGAAUUGAUAACUCCUAAUCAUGUAGAGCCUGAGGCCGUGACAGGCAAGGAAAUAUUGGCAGGAUAUGAUCUCGAGCGGCGCCCCGCGUUAUACAUGAUGCCUUCAAAGCAAAAUACAGAAGAAUCACCGCGCCAACUACAAUUUGCGGUUUGGAUGCUAGAACGUGCGGUUGACCUUAUGGGACCUGGGGUCGAAAACCUCGAUAUUUUGAUCAACUUUGCCGACCGAGGCAAGAACCCUUCGCUUUCGACCUCGAAAAACAUGUUAAAUAUCUUGCAAAACCACUAUCCUGAGCGUUUAGGCCUCGCACUGGUCAUCAACGUUCCCACAAUAAUCAAUUUAUUUUUCAAGGCUAUUAUGCCUUUUGUAGAUCCAAUUACUCGGGCUAAAGUCAAAUUCAACCCCGAGAUUAUUAAGGAAGGGCUGUUGAUAAAUCUCAAGCAACGAAAGAAUGGGGGGGCGAAAUGUUGGAAGCCUCUUGUAGACUUGUGCAACAACCUCCACACUGAGCGUAAAGAGCGCUGGAGGAAACUGGGUGGAACAGUUGGUUUGAGCGAGUGGGAUAUCAAAGGCGGUGCCCCUCAGCCCGAACUACAACCUGCCAUGACUAACGGUACCAACCUCAUUCCCGAUUCGAAGAGCACCGUAUCGCGGAAGGACAUCCCUGAAAGCAAGAGCGACACAGUAUUGGUUUGA